CUACGUCAUCAUCAGGCGCCAGCUAGUAAACAGAGCUGUUCCUCAGACUCUCUCCGGUGUUUUCUCAGAUUGUGAUCCCUGAUGACGGCCUCUACUCGCAGAGCAGUGCUGUCGCUGUACACGCGUGUGUUUCGUAUCGCCCGAACCUGGCAGGCGCAGAGUGGAGACAAAGGUGACACAGAGACUGAGAGAAAGUACAUCGUUCAGGAGGCCCGCACCCUCUUCAGACAGAACCAGCAGCUCACAGAUCAGGAGGCCAUAAAGAGGUGUGUGGAGGAAUGCGAAGCAAGGAUAGAAAUAGGUCUGCAUUACAGGAACCCUUAUCCAAGAGCUACCUAUCUGCCGCCGCUGGGCCUGGCGACCCAGAAGGGCAGGAAGCUGCGAACGCAGCAGCGUCUGAGGAAGCAGGCCAAGCCGGUCUAUCUGCAGUCACAUGAUGAGACCUGACGCUCCGUAUCCACCGCCGUGGCCAGGAGCUCCGCUUACCAAGGACAGGAAACUAGAGUGCCGCAACAGAGCUGAUGUUACAGGAUGGGUUGCUGUGAGGAUUCAGUGAUGGAAGAACACCCAUCAUUCAAGAAAAAAACAAACUUCAUUGUUUUGUUCUUGUUUUUUAACUGUAAACUUCCUGUUGGUGAAGAUUCUUGUCGGCUUAAGAAGCUUCCUGUCCAGAGUAACUUGUAAUAUAACAUCAAGAUGUAUAUUUUAUUUAUUGAAAUGCCUAAAAAUGACUUUUUAUUGUUCAUUAUAUGAUUUAAUGUAAAAUUCUACUAACAGAAAAUAAAUGUUGCUAUUGUUGGA